GCAGGUCUGCCCAUUGAUAAAUGUUGUUAGUGAUGUUCCAAUUUAAUUAAUCAUAUUAAAAAACCUUUUUUCUAAUGAGUUUAAUUAAUUUAAAUUAAAGAAGAAACAACAGCUCCACAAUAAAAUUGAAUUAAAAUUAAAUAACAAAUAUAAAAAGUGAAAUAACUUGUCAGCAAGCUCAAACAAGGAUCAAGAUUUAAUUUUUAAUUUAAUUGAAAUUUCAGAUUAACUUGUUGUUUUUGUAAGUUAGGUGUAAAAUAAAAAUAAGGAGUGAAAAAGAUGUCUUGGGCUAGCGAAUUUCCCAACGAAUUAUUCAGGCGUCCGACUGGUUUGAUACUUUUCACUGGCCUUGACGUUCCCUCUAACCCACUCCAUAAUUCCGUUUGGGAGUCUUUCACGAAAAAUCAUAAUAAAGUUGAUAAGUUCUUCCUGCAUUACAAACUGCAUGAUAUCAAUCAGGAACUCCCUAAAAGUAGACAGAAGAGGCCUACGUACGACUGGUACAUUCCAAAAGGUAUUCUGAAGUGCACGUGGAUGAAGAAACAUCUUGAAAUUAUUCCUUCCUUAGUGGUCCUCUUCAUUGACUACGACUGGGAUGACGUGCAGUGGAAAGAUAAACAGGCGGAAUGUCUUGAAAAGUUCAAAUUCAUCAAAAAUUAUUUGGCCGGGAGAGCAACCAAGAUAGGCAUCGUUCUGAUACAAAAGAAUGCACCGCUGCCCCCAGGCGAGGACCUCGUUGCAUCGGAGCGUGCCUCCUCCCUUUGCUCCUCCUGCGACCUCUCUAACAAGUUUCUCUACGUCAUCUCCGUUGCUGAAAAUAUCACUGGAUACACGCUCAGGUUGGAACAAGCAUUUGCUGAUCACUCAAAAACUUACUACCACACUGAAGCUAGGAGGGCCAAGGCUCACAAAGAUUUACUCAAUAAAACAACUCAUGCUUUACUCUUCGUAAGGCAUCAGUUCAAAAUAGCCUUCUUCAAUGAACAAAAGCAGGACUUACAUGCUGCUCUCAAGUAUUACAAGCAAGCUUAUGCCUACAUCUUGGAGUUGAGGUUUCUUGACUUCAACAUUCUCGAAAUUAAGACUAUUGCAGGGUUCCUCACAUACAAGAUAUGCAAGUUGUGUUUUAUGCACAAUACACCGUUAGAUGCCAUAUCUCAGUUCAGAAAGCACAUUGACUUCUUCAAAAACAAGCCCGGGAUUCCGGAACUUUCAUUCGAACAUAGUGCAUGGAUGUCGAAACAAUUUUUGGUUUUUGCUGAUUUGUUUGAUGAGGCCAUCAAGCAAGGCCUGACAGCCAUCUUGACCCAGCACCCAGGAAUUUAUUAUCAACAGGCUGCUCACCAUUCUUGCAACAGAAGAUCUCUUUCAAUGACCAUAUGCCAAGGUGUUCCAGCACGAUCCUGCAGUGAUUUGAUCGAAGCUUUGAACAACUUGGAUUAUUACGGUCAGAGACCAUGGAGGCAGGGGCAUCAAAGUAUCGAACCUCCUGAUUUGAGGGAAGAACGAGAAGGCAUACUCUCGCUGCAAAUCUUAGAGAAGCAGGUGGACUACUGCAAAAUCAUAAUUCCUAUUUUGGGCUAUGCUAUCACUCAUGCUAAGAAAUUCAAGUCGCCAAGAAUGAAGAGACAUCUUACUGUGCAGUUGUUACGUGAGUACUACAACGCCAACGAAUUCGCGAAAGCCCUGCCCCUCCUAUCCAGAGUGACCUGGGAGUACAGAAACGAACGCUGGUGGAUCAUCUUGACUUCCAUACUCCAGAUGGCGCUAAAAUGCGCCUACUUAUCGUGCAGCCCUCGUGAGUACGUCACCAUCUGCCUCGAACUUGUUGGCGUCUAUGGAAUGGUUAGCAAGGAUGAAAAGUUGAGACUGCAAAGAAAUAUUCAACAGAUAAUUAAUGGUGAGACCCCAUCGGCUGAGGAAAACGUGAAAGAGUCCUUCUUACAUUCAGCUGUUUCAGCCUGGGAUGCAUAUGCGCAAUCAACUGAUAAGAAGGAUUACAGCAUUGAGAUGAGUUGUGUUCACUCAUUUGUUGAAGUCCGGAUUCAGUUUGCAAAAGAGAUCUUUUCUGUGGACACUUACAUAGAGUUACAAGUUUUUUUGAGAUCUCAUGCGCCGGAACCUAUUUACUUCAAAAAGUUAUCCAUCACGUUCAACAAUUCAUCGUACAAUGAAUGCUGCUUCUGGCAAUACAAUGAUUCCAACUCCAACUUCACCAGCAACCGAUUGAUGACCGUAAUGAGUGACGGCGACGACGACAACGAAGAUGAUUAUAAAAUUGAAGAAGGCGUUGGCAAAAUGUUGAAACUCUCUUACGGGAAAGUUAAAGUGGUCACUUUCAAAUUUAUUUCAUUGCCCAGUGAUGUUGGCGGACAAAUCGAGGUGUUAUCCAUGGUCAUGGAGAUGGGCCAGAAUAUAAAAACUGAGAAAACCAACUUGCCAAAGUUUAACUUGUUGUGGAAUGGAACGAGUUUGGACAGUGCUCCUCCGAUGGUCUGCUUACAGAAGAAUUUCUUCCCGGAACCAUCCGCCAUACCGAAAAAGGAUGAAGAUAGGUGGCAGGCUAUCAGGAUGGAACCUUUCGCUAAAGUUACUUCUAGGAAGCCGAACAUAAAACUGAAUGUCCUUCACAAUGCGCCUGGAUUCGUGGAGGAGAUGCUAGAGUUUACUGUGGUUGUGACCAGCUGUGAGGAUAAUGAAAUCCGUAAUGUGAGGUUAGGUUUGCCAGGCUCUCUUAUUAAAUCCGACCAUACUGAUGAAAAAAUUAGAAUUAUUAAAAAAUGUAUUCAAUUUCAUCCAAUUAUAAUUGACAUGUGUCACAAAGUUCCACAGCGUGGCACGACAACAGCCAAGUUUUAUGCUACUUCAAGAUCUCCUGGAAAAUUGAUUCUCAUGCUGUCGAUCACUUACGAUAUUGGAAUCCAGUUUAGCAAGGGUGAAACAACGUGCAGGUGCGCAGAGAAUCAACUGGUGCAUGUUGACUUCGUUGAUCCCGUUGACAUAGAUGUGGUUCUUCUUACUCCGAAGUUGGAAAGGAUUCUUCCACUUGCCCCUGUUGACGGCAGCUUCAUCAUCAUGACCGCACUACGCAACAACUUCAAAUGUCCCAUUCAAAUUCUCAAUUCCAAACUUCUACUGAGUGACAAGGCAGUUUUGGAGGAUGAUCCAUUGAAAGAAUCGUACCUUCAAGCAGAAGUGAUCAUCCAAGGAGAAGAGGCGAGUGAGAACUUCUGCGUGUCGGCCGACGUCAUCACAAAUCAAGUAGUACCACUUGGACAAUAUCAGGUCUUCAUGACGAGGCAAGAAUUGCAGAAGUACAAACCAGAGACUGACCCACAGAACUUCAUGAAAGUUUUUUCCAAAACGAUCACUCUGCCAUCAGUCGUCGUGACAACCAUUCCACUGGAGUUUAAGCUGGAUGUGGCCUCGCAUGGAGUUGUGCACAACAAUCUCGUGACCACCUACAUCAUAAAGAAUGUUUCCUCUGUAGUGCAAGAGUUGCAAGUCUCCAUGGAAGCUUGUGAUGGAUUCAUGUUCUCCGGGCAUAAACAGGUAAAUUUGAGAGUGUUGCCAAAUAGCGAAACACGUUUGCGAUACAAUUUGGUUCCAGUGGUGCCUGGCAACGUUAUGCUUCCAAAGUUGAAAAUUAUAAACAUAAGAUUUCCCGAUUGCAAUCUGGACCACUACCUGCAGAAGUCCUUACCCACUCACGUCUUCAUUAGGCCGAAAGUUAGGACAUCGGGUAUUGUUCAGCCGGGCAACUGACGUCUGCAACAACCUUCAUUUCUACGUUCACGCUACUAUGUCGUCGUCCAUUAUGUAAUAUCGGACUGAAAGUUGUUGAGACUGUUAUAUUUUUGUUCAUUACUACUGUUCUUUAACCAUUGUCUCAUACUUAUUAUUAGUCGGGCGAGGUUAAAAUUUUUUAAAUCAUCAAAUAAAUUCUUCACUGAUAAUUUGUUUUAUAUAUAUAUGGCUUCAAUUUAAAGUCAUAUUAUGUUUUUAUUUUGCAAUUUGAAAUAUUUAUAACAGGGAUAGAUCACGUUG